UCCAGGUAAAAGCCUAGACCAUUUUGGUCGGACGACGGCGGCGCCUUUUUGCGUCGUUCCCUCCCUGGAGGCAUUGUCUUGGAAGCUCUUGCCGGUGGUGGUCGUCUGCUCUUUCCGGAGAGGAUCCACUUCUGCGCCUGCCUUCGCUUAGUUUCCUCUAUAUCUCCAAGUUUACGUUGGUCAUCAGUUGGCGGAUGCUUUGCCGCCCCUCUUCGUAGGCGAAUACCUUGCCACUGUGCUGUUCUGGCGGAUACUUUGCCGCCGUGGUCGAUAGUUGGAGUUCACGUCUGGCGGAUGCUUUGCCGCCAUUGUCGGUUGGUCAGGUGGAUGCUUUGCCACCUUGUUUGUGUCGUCGACCUUGCACCUUUGGUGGUGUAGUUUCAUUUAGCAAGUUCAGCUGUGUGGUUUUGGUUAGGUUUCUGAGUCCGGGUCUGUCUCCUCCUCUGUUGUUCUUGCUGUUUUUGUUUGUGGUUAUGGUCGUCCACCACUUGCUUGGUGGUUCUAUAUGUCCGCUUUAAUAGCCUCUGUCUAUUAAGGUUUGUAAUGGUCGUAUUGCUUUUCUUUUAAUGAAAUACGUGCUCAGGCAUGUUCCCCAAAAAAGAGACGCAUUACUCUAACCUCUGGAGAGUUUCAGAUUAAACACUGCUUUCUCUCUAUCAAAAGCUAGAACUUUAAGAAUAAGAAUAAAAACGUUUCAAAAAAGGAUAAGAAUUAAAAAAAAUGAAUAGAAAAUGUCAUGUGUCACCACUGAAUCUGUAUUAGUUGGUGCAUAAACAUUCAAGACUGUUGGGUUGCUUUUUGUACGGUUUUGAACUUAAGACCGAGCGCGUAGCAUAGUGGUAGGGGUGGCAACGGUGCACCCUGUAGGUCGGGAGUUCGACUCCCUGGUCUAGUGAAGUAAAAAAAAAAAGGCCACUCUCACUAUACUCUAUACUAUUAAACACAGGAAAUACGUGGUCCACUAGCAGCUGUAGAGUGAUACGUAUCCGCAAGCGUGCUACGGCAUUCGUGGCACAUUCUGGGUAGCCGGGAUUCGUGACAUUUUCUGAACCCUGCGAAAGUGAAAACUUUUAUCUUUCCUGUCAAACCUCGGGCAUAUCAUCCCCAAUAGGUCGAGUUUUGUUUUAAUGGUUCUGAACUUAUGAACUAAGCUUCUUUUCUCUGGGUCUCCAAGCGUGAGUAUAAGCUACUACACUUCAGGGUGAAAAGCAUCCAAUUUUAGGCUCUCAUGUUCUCCAUAAAUAACUAACAGAGCCCGAACGCGAGCUAGAAACUAGGCCUUGAUGCUAGUACUAUUUUGUCUGCAAGUACUUCCACAAACUGAUUCAACUUGUAUAACAAAGCUGAGCAAUUCCAAAUUAAAUAAAGCCCUCCUCUCUAAAACCUCACCCCUGUCCGCACUAACUCGUGAACAGAAGAGACUAGGUUCCCCUCAAGGCACUGUUCAGCAUUAUAAGAGCCUUUUAAGUGCAUUAGGGGCACUCACUUUAAUUUCCCUAGAACAUUCACUAAAGAAAUGAGUGGUUUUAUGACUAAAAUACGCAUAUUUUCUUAUAAAGUAGAAAAUAAUACCAAUCUUGAUAUCCAAGGGGAUAACUUUUUUUUUUUAGAUUGAGCCCCCCCCUGCAUUAUCCUCCGAGCGUUGCCACUCAAAUUUCUUUUGAGUUUUCUAUACAAGCCACUUGACCUCUUGCAUGGCCUAUUUGGGAGGCUAAACAAAGGCGUCAAAGCAUAGUAAAGGGCGAAAGCUGGAUUCUUUCCUCACCCCCUGGAUGCUAUGGCCCUGUACUAGUUGCCCUUUUCUACCACUGGAGAUCUUUGAAGUUCUCUAUGAGCAAUGCAUUCCAAGGAUGGAUUACAUCCCAAAGCCCCCCAAAAUAGUGUUUUCUCCUUCGAGUAUAUAUACAUCUUUGCGCAUACUUGAAAGGACACUUUUGCCUCUUAAAUACACAUUCAGACAAGCACCUGGAAGUACAGCUGAACCACUAAAAAGAUUGCAUGCCAGAUGCGCGCCAUUUGUCUAAUGGCGUCCAAAAGACAAGGGUCACUCAUAGAUUAUGCAUCGACAAGACACGGUCUUCGCUGGUCACUCAGUGGCACCACUGGAACUAUUUGGUGAAACAGCUGGGCAUGUGGAUUUCCUGGUUUUUCUCUGCUACCAAACUGCCUCCCAAGAACCAGCCAGCCUAUAAAUAGCGCCCUGGCUGGUGAAACUCAUGAACACAGAGCUGGAGAUACACAGCAAGCUCAGCCAUGCCUCGGAUAUCGCCUCUGCUCUUGCUCUUGCCAUUCUUCUUCGCGGUGUCGACCGCGAAGCCGGAGAAGAUCAUCUCAAGGAGCCAGUUCCCCAGGGGCUUCCUCUUCGGCACAGCAUCGUCGGCCUACCAGUAUGAAGGAGCUGUGAGGGAGGGCGGCAGAGGGCCAAGCAUCUGGGACACCUACACUCACACUCAUCCAGAGAAGAUAGCAAAUGGAAGCAACGGAGACAUAGCAAUCGAUUCCUACCAUCGUUAUCAGGAGGAUGUCAAAAUCAUGAAGGAUAUAGGCUUUAAUGCCUAUAGAUUUUCUAUUUCUUGGACAAGAAUUCUGCCUAAUGGAAAACUGAGUGGAGGGAUCAACAUGGAAGGAAUAAAAUACUAUGACAACCUCAUUAACAAGCUAAUUUCAGAAGGAGUUGAACCAUUCGUGACCCUUUUUCAUUGGGAUUCCCCACAAGCAUUAGAACAGCAGUAUGGUGGCUUCUUGAGCCACCACAUUGUGGAAGACUUCCGUGACUACGCCAACAUAUGCUUUAAGGAGUUUGGAGACAGGGUCAAGAAUUGGAUAACAUUCAAUGAGCCUUGGAGUUUCAGUGUUGGUGGCUAUGCCAGUGGUAUAUUAGCACCAGGCAGAUGCUCCUCUUGGAAAAAUUCGGGAUGUAGCAUUGGAGACUCUGGAAAGGAACCUUACAUUGUAGCUCAUAACCAACUUCUCGCUCACGCAGCAGCGGUUCAAGUGUACAGAGACAAAUACCAGGGAAAACAAAAGGGAAAAAUAGGAAUUACUCUAGUCAGUAAUUGGAUGAUUCCAUACUCAAAUUCCAAGAAAGACAAGGAUGCUGCCAAGCGUGAACUGGAAUUUAUGUAUGGCUGGUUCAUGGAUCCUUUAACCAAUGGAGAUUACCCACUCAGUAUGAAAACACUAGCUGGUAAUAGAUUACCAAGAUUCACGAAAGAACAGUCAAAUGCAAUAAAUGGAUCGUUCGACUUCAUCGGUCUCAACUACUAUACAUCAAGAUACAUUCAGAAUGCCAACUACAGUAACAGUGUAAACAAAAGCUAUGAUACUGAUUCACUGACCAAUCAAACAGUUGAAAGACAUGGGACAGCUAUUGGUCCAAAGGCUGGAUCUCCUUGGCUCUACAUCUAUCCAAAAGGUAUAGAAGAGCUCCUGCUAUACACCAAGAAGACGUAUAACAAUCCUACAAUCUACAUCACAGAAAAUGGAGUUGAUGAAAUUAACAAUGAAAACCUACCACUUCAAGAAGCCUUAGUUGACAAUACCAGAAUAGAAUUCUACAGGCAACACCUAUUCCACAUUCAAAGAGCCGUAAGGGAAGGAGCUGAUGUACGAGGAUAUUUUGCAUGGUCGCUAUUUGACAAUUUCGAGUGGAUGGAUGGUUAUACUGUGAGAUUUGGUAUUAAUUAUAUCGACUACAAGGAUGGUUUGAAAAGAUAUCCAAAGCAUUCCAGCAAAUGGUUCCAGGAUUUCCUUCAUAAAUAAAAUUUUGUACCAUGCAUGUCAAAAGUGUUUCUAUGGAGCAACAUCAUCAGUGUAACAUCCAGAUUUUGUCGUCUAUCCAGCUUCCAGUUGUAUAAGUGAUUCUCAAUAAGUCAGAUGAGAUAGGUGAUUGGAUUGCGGUUC